CAUCGUUGACGCGUUUACCAAUAACCUCACAAUGAGAGCGCAAGUCCAAUAUCCAGUAAAAAACUAUAAUACCUCGCAUGAGUCAUCCGCAUGAAGUCGAUUGAAGUUGGGGCGCAGCACAGUGAACUUGAACAUAUAUAAUUCAAGAGUAUGCGCAUCUAAGAUCACUCCACAUAUAAGUUGGCCACGGCAACGAUAAUGGAGGACGUGAAUGCGGGAGAUGUGGCGUACAAAGAGUACCCGCGCGACAAAACGCCGCCGCUCAACAUCCUCCAUCUCCCCCUCGAUAUCCUCUAUAUAAUUUUCGCCCACCUCAACGAAGAAAGGCUCUACAUUAAAUAUUGCGUCGCCCGCGAAGACACCGACACCAAAACCAUCCAGAAUGCACGUCUCGUAUGCAGUCUCUUUAACAGACUUGCAUCGCCGCUCCUCUGCCCAGUUGUCACGGUAGAACUAAACCAGACAUCCCUUAACCUCGUUGAUGAAAUUUCAAGGAGCCCGCUCAUAGCAUCAGGCGUCCGCACCAUCCAUGUCGGGCUCCUUUAUCGCCCAAAGGGAGUUGCAGAGAGUCUGCAAUUCUUCAAAAACUGGCGGGGGGGGGACAUAGAUGCCCUGCUGAUUCAAUGCGGGAACAGAGCUUUCGAGAGCCGUGGUGACCUGUAUGAUGAGGAGAAGGUGACGCUGUAUACCAAGGCCGUGGCGGAUUGCGGUGCAAUCAUCUCAGCCUGGGACAAAUAUUCCGUCUCGCCCGCCGAUGGAGCUCCGAUAGAUGCAGAAAGUCUCAGGUAUCAGGAGAUCCUCCUACAAGGCUACGAAGAGUAUCUGCAGAAGCAGGAGGAGCAGUAUAGACUAAUUACAGACGGGUCUUUCGUCAACACCCUCGCGUCAGCGAUGGCCCGGAUGGGAAACUGUGCUUAUGUACACUUCCACGAUCGAAUUACCUUCAACGAUUCCUACACACCUCCGAAAGACCCAGCACUCAUAUCAACCGACCCUUCAGAGCUCCUAAGAUUCCUAGCAGCCCCAGUUGACUGGCGAGAAAUCGAGGAGAUGGACGACAGCACAGCCCUCACCCCCGCGAGGAUCCUCUCCGAGCUCCCCAUCGCCAUCCACAAAGCCGGCGCCGCCGUCUCCGCAAUAACACUCCACUGCUUCCCCACCACAAACAACUACCCCAUGAUCUGUCCCGACCCCCGUGGCCCAAACAAGUUCUCCUGGCCCGAUCUCCGCGCCGCAUGCCAGCACCUCGCCGAAUUCGACUUACAAUGGGAGGACCAACCGCUGCGCUAUCGCCACCUCCUGUAUAAAGAACAAGUCCCCAUCGACAAUUAUCUCUACGCGAUGCUAUCAGGUCAGGCCAUGGAAAUCGUAAACAUGAGUUUCGAAAACUUCGUAGUCAACGACGGCGACAAAAAUGAGAUCAAAGGCCUAUAUCACAUCGGUACCGUCCUCGCCGCCAUCAACUGGCCGCGCAUCAAAGAGCUCCGCCUCUCGUACGUCUCCUUCCACCAGCGCGAAAUAGAGGCUUUUUUCCGCGGGCUAGACGGUGCAGGGAUGGAGUUCGUGAGUAUUCACGAUGUGGAGUUGCUGAGUGGGAGCUGGGCGGGGGCGCUUGAUAUUCUGCGCGAGAAGGUGGCGGGGAGGUGCUUGGAUGGGAAGUGUGAGGUUAUGUUUGAUGAGUUUGCCGGGGGGGGGUUUGGGAAGAGGGGGUCGCAGAAGUGGAAGCGGUGUGCUUGGGGUGAGGAGAGUGGUGGGGAUGAGGACGGGGAGACGUCGAUUUUUGACCUGGCGGAUAGUUAUGUCUCUGGUGUUGGAUCGGAUAACCCGCUGAGCGGAUUAAUGGUGCUAUGAUUAGCGGGUGGAGUUGGUAGUGGAGGGUUAGGAGGUUGAGAUGUUAAGAGAAGUACAAUAGCUUUCGGAUUACGAAGUGUCCCCCCCC